AUGGCCUGGACAAAGCACGAAAAAGCUGUAUCUGAGCUGAAUUCUCAUGAUCCUGAGGUUCUCGUCAAAACUUUACGGUUCAUCAAAAAUAAUAUUAUUGGAAACAAAACGAAAAAGGAUCUUUAUAUUGGUUUUAAUAUAAUUCCAAAGCUUGUAAGUUUCGUUGAUAUGACCAUAGCAGCGGAGACGACAAAAACAAUUGUAUCACAGGGGGAUAUUUAUACUCAAGUGAAAAUACAGGCAGCAAUUGUACUAGGCAGUUUUGCCUAUGGGGGCGAGGCAAAUGUGACUAAAAUCGUGAAAAGUGGUGGAGUUAAACCCUUGUUAGGUUGUAUAGCGUCGACAAAUGAUCCAAAAUUAAUUGAAGCCGCUGCGCGAGCACUAAAAGCAAUAUACACAAGUCCGACAGCAGACAAAAAUGAUAUAUUUCAAGCUGACCACCUUCACAAUCUGAUAACCUUAUUAAAUCCCGCCGCGCUGAAUCCAAAAAGCGACCGUGAAAAAAUAGCGUCCGCGCAUACGGCCGAACUAGCCGCGACGAUUAUAGCGCGUUGCUGUGACACAAACGAUCAGCAAAUUCAAAUUGCUAAGGCAGGAGCAUUUCCUGCGUUGGUCAAACUACUUUCCUGUGGGUAUGCAAAAGCUCAAGAAGCGGCGCUGGAUGCUCUGGCUUAUCUUUGCCGCGAAAAUCCAGAGUUUGGUCGGGAAAUUGUACAGACGCAAUCCGAUUCGAGUAAGAAUCCGGUGAAAAUUAUGUUGGAAUUGAUACGCGAUAAUUCUCCGACAAUGCGUUUAAUAGCGGCGAGAUGUUUAACACAUCUAAGUCGAGAUAACGCAAUCACCGAAUACACAAAUGAUAUUUCGUUGGUUGUUCUACCUACAUUGGUAAAAUUACUUGAUGAAAAAGGAUCUGUCCGAGAAGAGGCCCCACAUGUUCUCGCUUAUCUUAUUCGAGAUAACGAAGAGCUUCAAAAGGCUGCCUGUGAUGCGGAUGCUGUUAGCAAACUCGCUGGAAUUGUUACACAUGUCGCUGAUGAGGAGACUUCGUAUUACAACGCGACUGGUGAUAGCGAUAAAUUAAAAGAGCAUGCACUUACUGCUCUUGCAGCGAUGAGCUCUCUGUAUGAUAACGGUCGAAAGUUGGUUGUCGAUGCGAAAAUAAUACCACACAUUGUCACUGCCAUGUCACAUAAAUCUUAUGGAGUAAGAUCUGCGGCAUGCCAACUGACAAAAAGUCUUUCAAGAUCGGUCCACAUUCUACGCACUAGUCUUGUUGAUGCCGGCAUUGCUGGUCCUCUGUUCAAACUUUUAUCAGAUGAAUCAACAGAUGUCCAAACAAUAGCUUGUGCUACUUUCUGUAAUAUGGUACUGGAAUUCUCCCCGAUGAAAAGGACAAUAUUGGAAUUAGGGGGCAUAGAAAAAUUGGUAGAACUUGUGCAUUCUCCCGACAAUAAUAUUAGACUUAACGCUAUUUGGGGAUUGAAAAAUCUAAUAUGUCAUGCUGAAUCUGACAUCAAAGAUUCAGUUAUGAAGAUUUUAACAUACCCGAUGCUAGCGAAAUUAAUCGAUGAUCCAGAAUUAGAUGUACAAGAACAAGCAUUGAAUUUAUUACGAAAUCUUGCGUCGUCAAAAGAAACGGAUAUCGAAGAAGUUUUCAAAGGAUUAGGCGAGGAAAAAUUGAUGAAUAUUGUUGAAAAGAAACUUUGUUGGUCUCACCCGCAAAUUAUAAAACAAACAUUAUACAUAAUUAGCAAUAUUGCAUCAGGAAAUGAGCGACACAUGCAAAGUAUAAUGUCUCGCCAAACUAUACUGAAAAACAUACUUGAUUACAUGACACAUGAAAUGCCCGAUAUACGCUUAGUCGCCGUAUGGUGUUUGAAUAAUUUAACUUGGAUGAAGGAUAAACAUUUAACAGAUACCCAAGAUCGUGUACGUCUACUUCGACAGCUGGGUUUCGAAGAACAAGUCAAAAAGAUGGCAAAUGACGAAGAUUUGGAUGUUCGAGAACGAGUCAAAUCCGCGAUCUCUCAAUUUUCCGAAUUGUCUUGA